UUUAGCGCUCAAGGAAGACCAUUUUCUCUGGCAGCCGGAAGUUCCGUCACACGUUGCCCGUCCGCUCUUUAGCGCUUGCCCGCUUUACUGCUCGUCAUUUGCUGUAAGCUGCUGCACACCGUAAGGCAAUCCCCGGAAUUGUAUGAGUCAAAAAACAGAAAAGCCAGUGUUAUCGGGUCAACGCAUCAAGACCAGAAAAAGAGAUGAAAAGGAGAAAUAUGAUCCCGCCGGGUUCCGCGACGCGGUCCUGGUGGGGCUCAACAAGGCUGGCAACGACCUAGAAGCGAUCUACAAGUUCCUUGACACAGCCGGUUCAAAGUUGGACUACCGCCGCUAUGGCGAAGCCCUCUUUGACAUCCUCAUUGCUGGCGGGCUGCUCGUUCCCGGAGGCAGCAUCCAGCUGGAGGGCGACAAAGUGUGCAAGUGGGGAUCAUGCAUCUUUGACGCUUCAGAAGACAUGGACACCAUGCACAGCUACGAGCAAGUCUUUGUCAAGCUGAUGCGUCGUUACAAGUAUCUGGAGAAGAUGUUUCUGGACGAGAUGAACAAGAUCUUGGUUUAUCUCAAAGGAUUCAGUGAGUCCCAGCGCAUCAAGCUUGCUCGAAUGACCGCCCUCUGGAUGGUCAACGGGUCCGUUCCCCCUUCCACUCUGCUUGUGAUGAUCAAUGAACAUCAAGUAAAAGAUGGACUUGCAUUGGAUUUUCUGCUUGAGGUCUUUGUAACCUGGAAGAAUGAAAAGGGCUUGCCUUCGCUCAUGAUGGCUCUGAAGAAAGGUGGCCUUGAAGGAAGAUUAAUGGAAUUCUUUCCAUUGAACAAACGUGGUGAGGAGAACUUCAAAGCCGUGUAUGAUGAAAAGGGAUUGAGCGAGGUUGUCAAGCUUCAUCGGGCGCAGGCCAGCCAGGAAGCUAAGAGAGACCUGCAAGUGCAGCUGGAAGAUCUUCUCUCUGAAGGACGCCCAAUCAAAGAUGUGGUCGCUGAAAUCAAAGAGUCUGCCACCAAGAGCGACAUACCAGAUAGUGAUGUCAUUUCACUUAUUUGGUCUAGUGUCAUGGCACAGGCUGAAUGGAACAAGAAGGAAGAGCUUGUUGGUGAGCAAGCCCUGAAGCAUCUGAAGAUUUAUGCACCCUUGUUCGCCGCCUUUACCACUACAGCCAAAGCUGAGCUGUGCCUGAUGCUCAGAGUCCAAGAGUAUUGCUACGGCAACAUGAAUUUCAUGAAGGUUUUCUCCAAGAUCAUCAUGCUCUUCUACAGAACUGAUGUACUUUCUGAAGAAGCGAUUCUCCGGUGGUACAAGGAGACCCAUUCUGGCAAGGGUAAAAUGAUGUUCCUUGACCAGAUGAAGAAGUUCAUCGAGUGGCUGCAAAAUGCAGAGGAGGAGUCGGAGUCUGGCGAGGAUGAAGACUAAUAAUUAUCGACCAUGCUCAGGUUUUCUAAGAUUACUGCACUGACAAACACAGACGACGCCUGCCAAUAUUCUGGCCGAAAGGACCAUUUAAUCCCGCCUCAUCAUAAAAAUAAAGUUUUGCAAUCCCCAAGACAAAGAAGUUUGCCAGUGCAGCUCAAACAUACCUUUUCUUUAGCUUUGGUUGCAGGUGCAUUUUUAAUAUUGGUGAAGAAAGAUAUCGAUUGAUUGAACAGACAACCAUUUAAACAACUCACAGCUAAAAGUAAUAUUAAUACUAUAAAUUUAAUAAAUACACAUGAAUGAUUGAAUAUCAUGUAUGGAGAGGGUAUAUUACUGUGCUCUAGAAUAACUUUAAUAUAGGUACAUGAUGACAUGGUAAUUUAAUUUCUUAUGUGUUUUGGAUAUAAAACGAACAUGGUGAUGUCAAAUAAUUCCCGAUAAAAA